CUCUCUCUCUCUCUCUCUCUCUCUCUCUCUCUCACUCUCUCUCUCUCUCUCUCUCUCCGCGCUCUGUCCUCUUUCUCCGGGUUAAUGUGCUCCGCGUGUAAAUGUAGUAACCGGUAACUGGUAACCGGAGCGCGCAGCGGGACACUCGGACGCCAUGGAGGACCACGGCUGCUCCUGGGAGAGCGACCGGGUGGAAGCGUGGCUGGACGACCACCUGGAGUUCACCCACUCUUACUUCACCAGGAAGGCGUCGAGAGAGAUGGUGAACGACUGGUUCGCUGAGCGCGUCCACUCCAUCCCGCCAUCCGCAUCCAAAGAAAACCCUCCACAUCAGCGGGCCCACCAGUCCUCUGCUGACUCCAACCCCCACCCCACACUCUGCCUCCUGGACAACCGCUGCCCCUCCCCGGCCACGGUCCCCAGCCCGGCCCCCGGCACCCCGACUCGCAAGAUCUCAGCCUCCGAGUUCGACCGGCCGCUCAGACCCAUCGUGGUGAAAGACUCCGAGGGCUCUCUGACCUUCCUGAGCGACGCCGACCGCGAGACGGUCCCUCUGAGGGGCUCGGUAAUGGGUGAGGGUGGUGUCAGCGGGACGGGUGGUGCCGGCGGGGUGGAUCGCUGCGCCAGGCUUCUGGAGCUGGUGAAGGACGUGUCGAGUCAUCUGGAUGUGACAGCACUGUGCCACAAGAUCUUCCUGCACAUCAAUGAGCUGAUCGCCGCAGACCGCUACUCACUGUUCCUGGUAGGCGAGGACAGCUCUAACAGGAAAUUCUUGGUCAGCCGCCUGUUCGACGUAGCCGAGGGGUCCACACUGGAGGAGUCCUCAAGUAACUGCAUCCGGCUGGAGUGGAACAAGGGCAUUGUGGGACAUGUGGCCGCCACGGGGCAGCCGCUCAAUAUCAAGAAUGCUUACGAGGACCACCGGUUCAAUGCUGAGGUGGACAUGAUCACAGGCUACAAAACCCAGAGCAUCCUCUGCCUUCCCAUCAAGAACCACAAAGAGGAGGUGGUCGGAGUGGCUCAGGCCAUCAAUAAGAAGUGUGGCGAGGAGGACGGCGCCUUCAGUGAGCAAGAUGAAAAGGACUUCUCGGCCUACUUGUCCUUCUCUGGCAUCGUGCUGCACAACGCUCAGCUCUACGAGACGUCACAGCUGGAGAACAGACGCAAUCAGGUGCUGUUGGACCUGGCCAGCCUGAUCUUCGAGGAGCAGCAGUGUCUGGAGGUUCUGCUGAGGAAGAUCGCAGGAACCAUCCUGUCCUUCAUGCAGGCCCAGGCCUGCACCGUGUUCAUCACCGACGACGACUCUAUGAACUCCUUCUCCAGUGUCUUUCAUAUGGAAUACGAGGAGCUCCGUGACGUCCUCGAUGCCCCCAAAAGGGACUGUGACGUCAGUCAGAUUAACUACAUGUACGCCCAGUACGUCAAGAACACCAUGCAGCCUCUCAACAUCGCAGACGUCACCAAGGACCAAAGCUUCCCCUGGACACGGGAGCACACAGAUCAAACCAGCCACCAGAUCAAGAGCUUGCUCUGCACUCCCAUCAGGAAUGGCAAGAAGGACAAAGUCAUAGGUGUGUGUCAGCUGGUGAACAAGAUGGACGAAGCCUCCGGCUCCCUGAAAGCCUUCAACAGGAACGAUGAGCAGUUCCUGGAGGCCUUCGCCAUCUUCUGUGGUCUCGGCAUCCAGAACACACAGAUGUACGAGACAGUGGAGAGAGCCAUGGCCAAGCAGGAGGUCACUCUGGAGGUGUUGUCGUAUCACGCCUCCGCCGCAGAGGAAGAAUCGCGGGAACUUCAGGUAACAGCGGUGUCCACUGUGCCGUCUGCCCAGUCGUUGCGUCUUCUGGACUUCAGCUUCAGUGACUUUGACUUGUCAGACACAGAAACCACGCAGGCUACUAUCCGGAUGUUUGUUGACCUCAACCUGGUCCAGAACUUCCAGAUGAAGUACACGAGCUUGUGCCAGUGGGUUCUGAGCGUGAAGAAGAACUACAGGAAGAAAGUGGCGUACCACAACUGGAGACACGCCUUCAACACGGCCCAGUGCAUGUUUACCCUCCUCAAGUCAGGACGCCUGCAGAGUAACCUGAGCGAUCUGGAGGUCUUGGCUCUGAUGAUUGCAACUCUGAGCCACGAUCUGGACCACAGAGGAGUCAACAACUCCUACAUCCAGAGGAGCGACCACCCACUGGCCCAGCUCUACUGCCACUCCACCAUGGAGCAUCACCACUUCGACCAGUGCCUCAUGAUCCUCAACAGCUCUGGAAACCAGAUCCUGAGCGCUCUCUCCCUGGACGAGUACAAGGCCACUCUGAAGAUGAUCGAGAGGGCUAUUCUGGCCACGGACCUGGCCUUGUACAUGAAGAGGCGUGGAGAGUUCUUUGAGCUCACCAAGAACAGCCAGUUCGUUUGGGAGGACGAACAACACAGAGACUUACUGAGGUCAAUGCUGAUGACUGCAUGUGACAUCUCAGCCAUCACGAAGCCCUGGCCAGUGCAAAAGAGGAUUGCAGAGCUGGUCACCACGGAGUUCUUUGAGCAGGGAGACAAGGAGCGGCGCGAGCUGAACAUCGAGCCCAGUGACCUGAUGAAUCGUGAGAAGAGAGAUCAAAUACCCAGCAUGCAGGUGUCCUUCAUCGAUGCCAUCUGCACUCAAUUAUAUGAGACCUUGACUGGCAUGUCGGAGUAUUGCUCCCCGCUGCUGGAAGGAUGUCGGAAAAACCGUCAGCAUUGGAAGUGUUUAGCUGAGGAGUGUGAGAAGGGGAUGGUGAAACCAAACUGGUGUGAUCCCAACACCAGUUUGGUUUUCAACCAACACAAAUGAGUCGUUCUGUCCAACCUGGUCUCUCACAAUUUCAUGAAAUUAGCAUCUAAAACGACAAAUGAGAUAAUACUCUGUCAGGAAAAUAUUGUGUGGUGAAACAUUAUAUUUGUUGACAGUAAAAGGGAGACACACUUUCCCUCAAAUGUACAAACUCUUGAGCAAGUUCAGGUCCCAACGUAUGCUGAGAGUUUUACUUACACAUGUAAAAGAAACUGCCGUUUCCAACAACGUUGGUCUCAUUUUUGAAAGUUUGUCCAUCCUUCCUGUCUGAUAUGAAAGUUGUGCUCACCAAGUUACAUAUUCAGAUCUGAGAAUGCGUCAGCAUCACUAAACAAGACUAAGAGCCAUGCUAGCAGUCAGGCUUUACUUAGUUAAAUGCUUACAUGGCAUGCUGGCAGGUUGAUAGGGACAAUGGUCGUAGGCUGAUGUUUAUGGCACCGUGUUGAGGUACUUUAUAAUUACCAUGUUCUUGGUUUAGCGUAUUAUAAGCAUAGGCAGUAUACCAGGGUAUGCACCACUUUCCAUGAUGCUGUAAUUAUGUGAUGUAUUGUAGCACACACACCACGCAGGAAUGUUUUUCUUCCAACUACAAGAGCAGCUUCUAGAAAUGUGAUUGUAUUCAACUGCCACUCUGCCACCAACACCUGCAUAUCAUUUCCAUUUUGCCCACUGAUGCGUCGGUACCCGCUGUCUGCGUAGCGCUUGAGGGUGUGUGUUCUUGACAGAAAGAGAGACCCUGUGAGGCUGAACCUAGCGGUAACAUUAUAGCUGUGAAUGGCAUUCAUAUACCGUCAUAUAGAGUACUAUCUCGCCAAUGAGCAGAAGUACAGCUGAUUAUGAUGUGCAUGUUAUUAGUUUUUAGUCAUUGGCCAAAGUAUCGCUACAGGAAAGGGAUCACCACAGUCAUCAGAAUGAAACCUCUGGGAUCCACGAAUGACGUUACAGAUGUCAUGGCAAUCCUUCAAGAGACGUCGAGACCAAUCCAUCCAGAGAGCCGCUAGCAGCUAGCAUGGCUAACGCUACGCACCAGAGGUAGUGCAGUCAGCUUAGCAGUAUGUCUGUGUAAGCUAACCUUACACUUUUGGAAGAGAAAACAAAGAUACAAUGUCAUUAUUAGCCUAAACGUGUAUAGUCAUGGUGAAGAAGUGGUAAUAAUCUGUGGCUGGCUUGUUUACAGACGUUCUGCUCUCUUCUUACCCAGACAGACUUUUUGUGGAUACAGAUAGAAACGAUGGCUGAAUCUAUGAAAAUAAGACCAUGGUAGUAAUAUCCCGUCAACAAAUUGUCAUGUCAUCUUAAGUUGACAAUGAAGCGCAAUAUUGUGCUCAUUGUCCUUGUUUCAUUUCGCUUUGAGAUUUUUCUUCUUAUUGUCACUCACCGGAGAAUAUAACAGUCAGCACUAAGCUAUAUUUAUUACAAUAGCCUUUUUUAUUCUUGCACAAAGUGGCUUUCAUCUUGAAGUCUCACUUACAUUAACACUCACAGGUAGACAUUUAGGGGAACAAUUAGAGGUGAGACUGGUAAAGAGCACCAGUUCAGUGGGUUACAGAUAUCCUAACAUCACAAUAAUCUGAUAAGCUUGUUAAAUGUCUUCGUUGACACACACAAAGGUUUAAAUCUUUUGUGACAUUUUUUUCACUUAUUGUCUUAACUUAUUUUUGUUAUAUAUUUAUUAGAGUUUCUAUAUUGUACGGUCACCCUUUUGUCAAGAGCACACAAUUCCUUAUAUAGGAAAUGUAGUUUUCAUACUUUAACAAAUCCUGUCUCUGCUUUUUUUUAAGGAACUUUCUUAAAAACAAGCAUUUCAGAUGACAUUUAGAAAUGUAGUGUUUUUUGUUGUUUAAAACGUAGUCUUUUUUUAUGUAAAAGAGCCAAAGACUAGGCCUGCAAUUUCAAAGGGAAAUAGGUCAACAUUUUUCCAAUGUUUCCAAUGUGAUCAAAAAAGGAUCAAUUCACAAUAAAAAAUAAAAACGUAUUUGUAUUUGUC